AUGAGGAAGCACUCCCUCCUCGGUUUCACCUGUUAUGGUGCUGCUGCUAUCCUGUCGUGUCUGCCAGGCACUUGGUCGGCGCCGGUCAACACAACCCAAGAUGAACUGGGCUUUUCGAUCUUUGAGAAGGCUCCUCGCAGCUCCCUGAUGAAACGCGCCAUCACCGUGGACGCUUUCUGCGGCCCAUAUUCCGGGGCGGUCAACUUGGCCUUGGGUGAUGCCCUGAACAUUAUCAACUAUGCCAUUCCUCGUUUGCAGGCGCUUUUGGCGAAUCUGAACUCGAAUCCUGUGCCGAGCAUCGUUGGGAUGAAUACCGCAGACAGGACCGUGUUUCAAACCUAUGAGGCAUUCUUUGGGCAGGCGUACUUUGGCACCGACACUGUGACGAAUAAAAAUAAGAACGCUGCUGCUAUUACGAGACUGAAUGGAAUUAUUAGAACUGCGCAGGCUAUCCAAAGCGCCCUGCAGAACCCCGGCGGUGUCAACGUCGAAAUCUACUGCGACGAUUCUUCUUUCCUCUGGACCACGGAUCAAUGGGGGUUUCCAGGAGCCGCUGGCACUCUGUUUGACAGUCGUUAUCUGUUCAGCGCUGGAAUUGGAGAGUGGGUGCAGCUUCAAUCUUGCAGUGCUUUGGCUGGUACAACCGCAUACACGUAUCGCCCCAACUCGCCUCCGUUUUUUGGAGAGGAUGUCAUUGUGCUUUGCGGAAACUACCUUCCCGGUUGGGCAGCGAGAUACACCGCUGGAAAUACCGUCGGAAACUAUCACAACGCCGCGCCGCUCAUCACCAACGUAUACCAGAUGGAUUAUCUCUGGGGGUAUCUGCCAGCGACGCUCAUCCACGAGUUUACGCAUUCAUCGAACAUCAUGAACACACAAAACGCACCAACCCUCGCGGAUCAAUGCUUGAUCAACAAGGAUUCGGCCUACCAAUGGCAGUGCAUCCGGCAGCUCGCUCAGGAGAAUGUGGAUAAGGCCGCCGCGAAUUCUGACACCUUCUCGCUCUUCGUGACAGCCAUCUACCUCAACCAAAAUGACUGGUCUACUGGAAUCGCGCAGAACUUGGGAUAUUUUCCCUUGUCACCAACCUAA